CUGUUUUAGCUUAUCUACAGUUUACAUUCCUGUGUUAAUCUUAAAGGCCAGGAAAUUUGCACUUUUGUAUUCAUUAGGAAGCCUUUUCUUCAUAUUAAGAAAAAUAAUGAUUCUAUUACUAUGGAUGCUGAUAACGACAACACAAGCAAACUACGUAAAACGAAAAAUGUAUGGAAACAUCCACAUGGAGGAAAUUGUUUUUCCUUUUUGUGGGGCCCAAUGAAUUAUCUGAAAUCGCUUUUCACAGCAGAAAGGAGAUAUUUCACCCUAUCCUACUUCGUCACACUAUUCGGAACGCUUUAUUUUUCUCUUAAUUUACAAUCAACGCCUUUAACUGCCCUUUGCGCUAUAUUGCAGUUGUUCGCUAUGAUAUCUUUUGCAAUGAGUCACAUUCCUGGAGGUACCUCUGGCCUUAUGUUUUUCACUAGAAUGUUUAAGUCGUCCGUCAGUUCGACUUUACCCAUGUAGUUUAGUUUUUGUUUCCAGUGACCGUUGCGAUCUUUCCUGAGUAUAUUUCUCUUAAUUCUAGAAAAUUGAUGAACUCAACACGUUCCAGUCACCAAAGAUUUAAUUAAAUUUACACUAACAAUUGUUCGCAAUAUUCAAAAUAGCAAAAUCUUUUGCAUAGUUAUCCUUUCCUAUAUCCAACAAUAGAAAUUAACUAAACAUAUAAACAUAGUUGAUAAGAUUAGUUGAUUAUCGUAAUAGAAAUGUUUAAUAAUUUAAAGGAUCGUUACUUUAGAACGAAAUUGUGUACGUCUAUAUAAAAAGGGGCCAGAUUUUUUAUCGUAGUUUCGGAGAUAUUUGCGUUUUUAUGAACAUGGUUCCAAAAAAUUAAUUGUGGGUUUUCUAUCAGAAAUCAUACUUUAAUCUAUGCCUAAUCUGGUGUCAUUAUACUUACGCCACGGAAGUGCUCCGUUGCCUUGUUUUUAAAUAUAGAUGGUUCAUUCUGAUCCUAAGAUGUCUGUACUUUAUCCGGCUAUAUGCUCUUUUUUAAAGGCUCUUUUUAUAGACAUGCACAAUAAACAUUUAUCACACAUUUUUUUAUCAGAUAAACUUUCAAGAAAUUUAAAAACUUGAAUCCGAAAUGUGGAUUUAGUAGGACAACGUAGACUUUACAAAAUGUAAAAUAAGACUA